AUCCGACGGGGUAGCGAAUGGCAUGGCUGCCGCCAGCGCUCCGUGCUCGGGGUAUACUGAUAGUGCUUCAAGCUAGUUUGGCGGUCUCCUGGUAUCCGCGCCGGCCGCCAGGUUUUUCAGGUCUGCAGUCCUAGGGUCUGUCGGGCCGCAGGGCCUGGGCUCUGAGGAGAAUGGAUCCUUCUUUGGAUACAUGGGACUUCUCAUCACCUUUAAUGUCAUUAUGGAUGAACAGGUUUUACGUCUAUUUGGGCUUUGCCUUUGGCAUUAGCCUUUGGAUUUGUUUCCAGAUUGUCAUCAGGAAGCAGUUGUUUAUCUUCAAGGACAAGAACUCACAGAAAUCUGUUCCAAAAGCAACUGGGGAUUUGAUGACAAAUGGUUAUAUCCCUCUUCAAAAGAAGGAAGUCUUUGUGUCUGGAGUGAAAAUUUUCUAUGGUUCCCAGACUGGAACAGCAAAGGGAUUUGCAACAAGUCUUGCUGAAGCAGUUACCUCCCUAGAUCUCCCUGUGGCUGUUAUUAAUCUGAAAGAAUAUGAUCCAGAUGAUCAUCUAGUAGAGGAGGUUGGCAAGAAUGUCGAUAAGUGGCUCUGGAUGCUUGGUGCUCAUCGUGUGGUGACUAGAGGGGAGGGGGACUGUGACGUGGCUAAGAGCAAACACGGCAGCAUCGAAGCAGACUUCAGAGCCUGGAAGACCAAGUUCCUUGCCCGGCUGCAGACACUUCAGAAAGGAGAGAAAAAGCCCUGUGACGGCAACUGCAAGAGAGGCCAGUGCGAGUCGUCCGCGGUAUGGAGCCCCUGUGUUCAGGAGGAAGAGCCCUUUGAGAGCACCAGUGAGGAAGAGUCUGGUACUGAAGACCAUCAGAAUCUAAAUUCUGUUGUUGAUGUUGAGGACCUUGGCAAAAUUAUGAAUUAUGUGAAGAAAGAAAAGAGAGAAAAGGAGCAACAGGAGGAGAAAAGUAGUCUGGUCAGGAACACCGUGAAGAAUGAAGCCAGUGAAAGAAGAGCUAUGAUAACCCCUGCUCUCCGAGAAGCCCUCACCAAACAAGGGUAUCAGUUGAUUGGGAGCCACUCUGGAGUGAAGCUUUGCAGAUGGACAAAGUCGAUGCUCCGAGGGAGAGGAGGUUGCUAUAAACAUACAUUCUAUGGCAUUGAAAGCCAUCGUUGCAUGGAAACUACCCCAAGCUUGGCUUGUGCAAAUAAAUGUGUCUUCUGUUGGCGAGAGAGAACUUGUGAGCUGGAGGGGAGGGGCAGACGGAGAGGGAGAGAGAGAAUCGUGAGCAGGCUUCAGACCCAGCACAGGGCUGGAUGCAGGGCUCUGUCUCACAACCCUGAGAUCAAGAGUUACAAAGUUCUUCAGUCUGUCCUUGCUUUUCAUAACCUCAACACCUUUGAAGAGUACCGGUCAGAUAUUUUGUCUGAUGUUUUCUCAUGGAACCUCAAACCGGUUACGCAGCUAUAUGUCAGUGUGGAUGCCAGCACCAAAGAUAGCCUGAAGCAAAUCGACCGCCCACUCUUCAAGGAUUUCUGGCAGAGAUUCCUCGACAGCUUAAAAGCCUUGGCAGCAAAGCAACAGCGUACUGUGUACAGACUGACUCUAGUGAAAGCAUGGAAUGUGGAUGAACUCCAGGCCUAUGCUGAGCUGGUGUCCCUGGGGAAUCCCGACUUCAUCGAAGUGAAGGGUGUCACCUACUGUGGGGAGAGUUCAGCAAGCAGUCUCACCAUGGCCAAUGUGCCCUGGCACGAGGAGGUGAUACACUUUGUCUGUGACUUGGUGGAUCUGAUCCCCGACUAUGAAAUUGCUUGUGAACAUGAACAUUCCAACUGCCUCCUGAUAGCUCACAAAAGG